CGGGCUCUCCCGGUGGCAGCAGCGAGCACACCCCGCCUGAGGAGCGCCAGCGGCGGACGCGGAGCUGCGGAGCUCCGGGGGAGAAGCGAGCGGAGAGCGGAGGAGGGAGAGUUCGCUUCUGACGCGUUGGUGUUUUCAGAAAAAAAAAAAAAAAAGUUGUGUUUUCUCAGAAAAGGCGACGCUGGAGACGCUUGUUGUCGGUGUGGAAGUAAGAGCUGAACGGAGUGAAACAUCUUUUUGAGGCUGAAGUGCAGAGGAGGAGCUCCUGAAAGAAGCGACAUCCUGGGAUGAGACCUCUCUUUCAUUUUCCCGUCUCCCCCAGACCUCCAGGAGGAGAACGCUGGGCGACACACUGAGCGUGUGUGGUGUGUCUGACGCUGUCAGGCUGCCAUGGCUCUGGUUCAGGCACUUCCUGUGACUGUGAGUGACCACCCCAACCCAGGCCUCGACGUCCAGCAGUGUGGGCAGCUACCGUCCCACACCUCCUCCAGCCCCUGCGGGCCCUGUGGGUCUGAGACGGCCAUGGGUUCUGUCAGCAGCCUCAUUUCGGGGCGGACGUACCAGGAGAGGCACUGCCGGGCCGCCAGUGAAUUCAGCGCCAAGCCACGGCGCUCCACGCCGGCUACCAGCUGCUUCAGGCUCCAGGAUAACACCCUCCGCAGCGGGAGCUCCCUGGAGCAGCUGCUUGUUAUCAGCAACCAAGCCCAGCCUCAGGCCCAAGUUCUGCCUCCGCCGCUGCCCACCAAGAAGCAUCCCCGGCCGGGAAAUUCUGCCGGUGCGACUGGUGGCGCGGCGGUCCCUGGUGCGAUCACCGGAGUGGUCAAUGGUGCGGUGGGCGGCUGCACUAAUGGGAACUUUGGGUUUGUGAGCGACGAGGCGGCAGUCGGAGACUGGAACGAUAACCUGGUGCUGACAGCUGCGAGCCCCUGCAGCGACUCGGAGGACCAAAGGGACAACAGGACUCUGAACGGCACCAUCGGUGGACCGCCGCCAAAACUCAUCCCAGUGUCCGGACAGUUGGAGAAGAACAUGGAGAAAGUGCUGAUCCGUCCUACAGCUUUCAAACCCGUCGUUCCCAAGAAUCGCCACUCGGUGCAGUACCUCUCGCCGCGGCCGGGGGGGAGCAGUAUGUCCGAGAGCCAGGCCAGCCUCAACCUCCUGCUGCCCCUCGGAGGCUCCUGUACCAGCGGUGCCUCUGGCACCAACGCCAAUGGCGGAAGCAGCAGCUCCAGCUCUGAAGGGAAGCGUAACUCCUACAGCGGCGGCCGCAAUGCUCGGAGCAGCCAGUCCUGCUCCAUGUCGGAUUCAGGCAGGAACUCGCUGUCCAGCCUCCCCACUCACAGCAGCACAGGCUACAGUCUGGCCCCCAGUGAAGGCUCCAGCUCUGGGUCGGGCUCCGGGGGACAGCUGGAGCCUGCGGCCGGACUCAGCCGGAACACCUCGGGUGGGACCGGGAGCCACGGUCACAGCAACUCGGACAGCGGACGUUCCUCUUCCAGCAAGAGCACAGGCUCGGGCUCCCUGAGCGGGCGCGGCCAGCCCCUGUCGGACAGCGGGUCCUGUGGACAUUCGCCGCCACCCGUGGAGGGAUACGAAGCCGUCGUGAGGGAGCUGGAGGAGAAGCUGAGGGAGCGAGACCUGGAGCUUCAGCAGCUCCGAGAAAACCUGGAUGAGAAUGAAGCUGCCAUCUGCCAGGUGUAUGAAGAAAAACAGCGUCGCUGUGAAAGAGAGAUGGAGGAGCUGAGACAGAGCUGUGCCACCAAGAUGAAGCAGGCGUCUCAGAAGGCCCAGAGAGCCCAGCAGGUGCUGCAGCUACAGGUUUUCCAGCUACAGCAAGAGAAGAAGAAGCUACAGGAGGACUUUUCCUCUCUGCUGCAGGACAGAGAGACACUGGAGAGGAGGUGUGCCACUAUCCAGAGGGAGCAGACCCAGCUGGGGCCACGUCUGGAGGAGACGAAGUGGGAAGUGUGUCAGAAGACAGGAGAAAUCUCCCUCCUGAAGCAGCAGCUGAAGGAAAUCCAGUCAGAGCUCAGCCAGAAGGCGGGAGACAUCGUGGUUUUGAAGGCCCAGCUCAGAGAAGCUCGCUCUGAACUGCAGGCCAGUCAAGUUCGAGCCCAGGAGGCGCAGACAGCCCUACGAACGCGAUCCCUGGAGCUGGAAGUAUGCGAGAACGAACUCCAGAGGCGCAAGAGCGAAGCCGAGCUGCUUCGGGAGAAAGUGGGCCGAUUAGAAGAGGAGUCGUCGCGGCUCCACGACUCUCUGUCCGGCCACGGCGGAAUGUCCCUGCCUGGGAGCGGAACCAUGAAGGGUCAGUGCAUGGCGCUCUCCCACCAGCAGGUCCGAGGCGUCAUAGGAAGGGGCGGGCCCAGUCCCUGUGUGUACCGUGACGGAGAGGACGCUCAUCUGGUCUGGGGAGGCGAGAGCGACGAAGCCAAGGCGCAGAGACAGAACGCAGAGACAUUGUUGGGACUGAGGCAACACGUGGAUAGGCUUAAGGCUGAGCUCAUUUAUGAGAGGAGAACUGGUGAGGAGCAACUGUCGCGGUUUGAGGAGGAGAGGAGAGUUUGGCAGGAGGAGAAGGAAAAGGUGAUUCGCUACCAGAAGCAGCUGCAGCAGAACUACAUCCAGAUGUAUCGCCGCAACCGCGAUCUGGAGCGAGUGAUGCGGGAGUUGAGUCUGGAGCUGGAGAACAGGGACAUGGAGGACUACGACGUCCACAGUGGCAGCAAUGACAUCCACUUUGAGGAGAUCACUGCCACGGAGAUCUAAACACACUCACACCCCCUUUACAAGAGAACGUGCACAGAAACACGGAAACAAACACAUCUCACAAAAGACUCGGCGUCAGCCACAUACUGAACUCCGGGCCAAAUACUGCACUAUCUCCAACAUGGCUUUACGUGGACCAUCGAGUGAGCUUUCACCUCUCGUCACUCCCAAAGGUGCACUCUUACUUCCAGUUAUCAGAGAAGUAUUCAGAAAAAAAAAAAAAAAUCCUUAUAACAUGUCUCCCAGAAUGCUUUUUAUGGGUUUUUAUGCCACUACAAAGCCAGCACAAAGACUUCUUCCAUUUGUGGGAGGAAAGAGGAGGUGGAAAAAGUGUUUCUUUCUCAGACCACGUUGUUCAAAUCAGGGUAUUAAAAAUCAAUGGGAACACACAGUAAAAAAAAAAAAAAAAAAAGUUAAUACACAUAAAGCAAUCCAGUGGAGGCGCAGUCACAGCUUAUCUCGGUAGCACACGACGUUACAGACACGGCCACCAGCAUGCAUGAGUUCAUGCAUCGACGCAGCAGUUCAAUCAGUCGCCACCGCUGUUAUCUAUGAAUGACGACCUCCUCACUCCAACACGCGCUGCACCAACCAAAAUGUCACUGUUAACAUCUACUGUCUGUUAUCUGGACUUUACAGCACCAACUGGUCUUUUGAAAAGUAUUACUUGGUUGUUUUGCAGGUUUUCUCUCAGUGACUUUAAAGAAGAAUGUAUUGUCAUUACAGCAAAAUGCAGUUAAAAGGGGGUCAUCAUAGAAAACGCUAAUAUUUUUGCACAAUUCUCUGCUGUUUUCUUUGGUAAACGACUGUUUUCUUCAAAAUCCUGAAACGUUAACAAACCCACAUCUGACAUGCGUCUCUCACUUUGCUUACACGUGGACGUCCUAUUCUCUCUCUCUUUGCCUCAAAAUAUCAAGGAUCCACGAGCGUUUGAUUUGAAGUCUGCUCGUGUUUUCCUGACCACCGACAGUUGCACUCGGACGGAGUGUGAACCCGCUCCGUCACUGCAGCCAGCUCCGAUAGAAAUAUUUAUAUUUUCCAACUGUUCAGCACGAGGACGUGGGCUGUAGCAUGGCAGACAUCACUGCUGAUUCCCCUCACCCACCGUCUUUUUCUGACUUUCUCUUUACGUCUGCUCUCUUUUGUCUGCUUCUUACUAAACUAUUUUUAUACCAGGAGAGAAAAAAAAAAAAAAAAAAGCACCUCAGCAGUCAGUAUCAGGAAGCUAAAUAUAGAGCAUAUUUACAGUAUUACGGUUCGGUUGUGAUUUCACAAGAGAUUUAAGCCCGUGUUUGAACUGCAGGCAUGCUUGUUCAGAGUUUCCGUUUAUUUCAGCCCUCACUCCCCCAUUAGUGCUCUUUAUGUAGCUCUUGGCAACGCGAAGCCAAAUAACACUUCUGAAAGUCUUCCGUCCCCCCCAACCUCCCACCCCCGCCUCCCCUGCAUCCACCCCUCCUGCUUUCACACUAUAAACUUCACUGACUGCUAUACAGGUAGUGAGGCUGGCAUGCCUGCAUGUCUUUGUUAUGUGAGAUUUCAGAAGAAAAGGUUGGGUCAGGUAGCGGAGGGGAUGGGUUUUGCGGAGGCGGGAGCUCCAGCUCUGAAUGUCCCGAGACCAAGCCGCGGGCUGUGGGGCUCCCCCUCCGUCACAGUAUAUGCAGGGCCGUGUGUAACACUGACUAUGGCAGUAGUGGGCUGCUGAGAACUUCUAUUUUGCAAAGAGUCUAUAUCAAGGAAUAAUGGUUCAAAGGAUAUCUAUAUAAUGGAGGAGAUGUUGUAUAUUUUUUUAUAUAUAGCACUUGAAGAUAUUUUGUUGUAGUACUGGUAUAAGUGUGGGUUGAUGUAUAUCGCAUACCAAUAUCUCAAAUGAUGGAUCAGUUCCAAAUGGAGGCAGCAGCGUCGAGAGAGUGCACCCAAUACUGUAAAUGCAUGAUGAUUUAAUGUUUACAUGAUAUAAUCUGUGUGGGGAAACCAUACACUCAUCCAGACUUUCCAGGUGAUAAGGGAGCUUUUUUCUGAUUUCAGGCUCAUAUUUGACCUGUUGUCUCUCCAUUUUGAUUGAUCUCUCAUUUGGCUUUCAGUAUCAUAAAGUGUCACACUGAUUCUUGUUGAGCUCUGUUACAUCAUUUCCUUUACAAAUGCAUGAGAUGUUUCAUUUCAGAGACGAGGUCAGACUCGAAGCAAACGGAGUGUUAAGUUUCCUGUAAUCGGGAAUUCAUCAAAAUGGUCGAUAUUAUUGAUCAGGCUACGUUCUGCAUGACGUUACCGUGGUUUCGGAAGCAUCAUAGAGUAUUAAAAAAUCUACACUGUGCUUAAAUGGCAAUGCCAUGGGAGGAGAUAGAGGCAGGUUGUGUUUGCCCGUUUCUGUUAACCAGACCUCGACUGUUACAUCCUCACCACCAGUUCAUAUGAACACAAAGCAUGAGUGUCGCAAAACUGACUCGCUCACCGAAAAGUGCUGUUUGAAUUUGGAGUUGAAGUUUAUUUUUUCUUUCUUCCUCUCAUAUAUCUGUUCUCUUCUUCUGUUACAUAACCAUUCUGUGUAAAUAUGUAAAACACUAAAUAGUAUAACAGAGUGACAUUGUCUUUUAUUUAGACAAAAUAUCUAUUUCAAAUGUAGCCACUGUGACUAGACCAAAGCGACGUAACACAUUUCUUUUAUUCGUGGCAUUUAUUUCCAUCAUUUUUUGUGCAUUCUUUUUGUUUGCUUCUGUUGUCUUCAUUAAUUCAUAAAGUGAGUAGUCGUCCAUGUAUAUUUUUAUGUGUACAUUUCUUGUACAAAUGACUGUUUUUAAUUAAAGAACAAGUUGUCACACCUUAA